UCCGCAGUCCCCCAAGCAGAUUGGCCUCCCCCGCGUGAAUCUCCGCCCGCCUCGGCGUCGGCCGGCUUCUCCCGCUCCUUCCGCUUCGGUUUCUUCGGAUUCGGCCUCGUGCCGCGAAUCGCGCGGGCGGCCGAGCUCCCUCUCUCCCCCUGCGGAUCGAUUUUCUCUUCUUUUUUUUUUUGGCGAUGGCUGCGUCGCCGCUCUGCACGUGGCUCGUCGCGGCUUGCAUGUCGGUCUCGUGCGAGGGGGGCGACGCGGGGAAGGGGCCGGCUUCGUGCGGGCUCCCGCGGAGGAGGAGGCGGCGGCUCCCCGUGUCGAAAUGCGGCGGCGGGGGGAGCGCGGCGUCGUCGUUCGGCCUGGUGACCUCCUGCCUGGCCUUUGAGCCUUGCAGCGAGUUUUACAGCUCGCGAGCGGCGUCGUCCUUGGGAUUGUUCGGCGAGAAUGGAUUCGCUUCGCUUUUCGGAUCGAGGAAUCGCCCGAUGAAUCGGAGGCAGAGGCGUCUGAAUCCCGCCUCUGGUUCAGGUGAAGUCAUGGCUGUGGCAGUGCAAGCUGCUCCAGAGUUUGUCACGAAGAAGAAACCUGUGACAAAGCAAAGACGUGUAGUUGUGACGGGGAUGGGCGUCGUAACCCCACUUGGUCAUGAACUGGACACUUUCUAUAACAAUUUGCUUGAAGGUGUUAGUGGCAUAAGUGAGAUAGAGACCUUCGACUGUUCCCAGUUUCCAACGAGGAUUGCAGGAGAAAUCAAGUCAUUUUCAACUGAUGGAUGGAUAGCACCAAAACUUUCUAAAAGGAUGGAUAAAUUCAUGCUUUACAUGCUUACUGCCGGAAAGAAAGCCUUAGCAGACGGUGGAAUCACAGAAGAUGUAAUGAAUGAGUUAGACAAAACUAGAUGUGGUGUUCUGAUUGGCUCUGCAAUGGGGGGCAUGAAGGUAUUUAAUGAUGCCAUUGAAGCUUUGAGGAUUUCAUACAGAAAGAUGAAUCCCUUUUGUGUACCUUUCGCCACUACAAACAUGGGAUCUGCUAUGCUUGCAAUGGAUCUGGGAUGGAUGGGACCUAAUUACUCAAUAUCUACAGCAUGUGCGACAAGCAACUUUUGUAUAUUGAAUGCAGCGAACCAUAUAAUAAGAGGCGAAGCUGAUGUCAUGCUUUGUGGUGGUUCUGAUGCAGCAAUAAUUCCUAUAGGUUUGGGAGGUUUUGUUGCUUGUCGGGCACUAUCGCAAAGGAACAAUGAUCCCACCAAAGCUUCUCGACCGUGGGAUAUGAGUCGUGAUGGUUUUGUCAUGGGAGAAGGAGCUGGUGUGCUGCUCUUAGAGGAAUUAGAGCAUGCUAAGGAAAGGGGUGCAGAUAUCUAUGCAGAAUUUCUUGGUGGAAGUUUUACUUGUGAUGCCCAUCACAUAACUGAGCCUCGCCCAGAUGGGGUUGGCAUCAUGAUGUGCAUAGAGAAUGCCUUAGCUCAGGCUGGGGUGUCCAAGGAAGAUGUAAAUUACAUCAAUGCUCAUGCUACAUCCACUAUGGCGGGAGACAUUAUGGAGUACCAAGCUCUCACUCGUUGUUUUGGCAAGAAUACGGAGUUGAGAGUGAACUCUACAAAGUCUAUGAUCGGUCACCUCCUUGGAGCAGCUGGUGCAGUGGAAGCUGUUGCAGCAGUUCAGGCAAUAAGGACAGGGUGGGUCCAUCCAAAUGUUAACCUGGAUACCCCGGCUGAUGGAGUGGACACGAGCGUGCUAGUCGGUCCAAGAAAGGAGAGGGUGGAUGUCAAGGUUGCCUUAUCUAAUUCAUUCGGUUUUGGUGGCCACAACUCCUCGAUCUUAUUUGCUCCUUACAAAUAAUAUGGCUACUCCAAUUACCUUCGAUAUUUAUAGAGCUAUUGCGGCCAAAUGGCAUCUCAUAGGCGUGCUACUUCGUGGCCGAUUGCUCGCACGUGGCCAAUGUAUAAUUCGGUCGGUACAAGCUCGGGGGAUGCAUUGAAGUCUUUACAGCACCAUCUGUAGCAUGAAGGUCGAUACUCGUGAUUCGCUAAUUGCUCAUACUCUUCCGCUAUCAUUUUUCGCUAGAAUUGUUGGUUUCUAGUCAUCGGUGUGAGCCAUAGAGGGCCUUGAUUUAGAGCCCACCAUACCACAACAAGCUCGGCUCUGUUAGCGCCCGUUGUACAAGUAGAUGGCUCCUCAAAAAAAUGUUUCACCUACUCUGUUUUCACUACCGGAUGAGAUACUUAGCUGUUAGUCGAUUUUAACUGAAGUUUCAUGACUGAUCUCGGACAAA